UUUCCGAGCUGUUUCUUUCUCCAUAUCCAUAUCCAUCUCUCUCUCUUCUCUCCUCUCUCCUCUCUCCUCUCUCUCUCUUUUAAUCGUCUAGUCUGUAUUUGAGAACUGAGAGUAUGUUUGUUUGUUUUCCUCCCAAGAAAAAAAGAGAGAUGAGUUUCAUCUUGUCGGUCGAGAAAGUUAUGAAUGUUCUUCUCUUCAUCGCCAUCCUUUUUGGAAUUUUCGGAACAAAUGCUCAACUCUUACCCGAUGAUGAAGUCCAAACAUUGCGGACGAUCUUCACAAAGCUACAACACCCAGUGAACAUCGGAAGUACUUCUUGUUUCAGAGAUUCGAACUUCACUUCCGGCGACGGAAACCGGACCAUCAUCUGUGACUGUACUGUAAACUCCACUUGUCAUGUCACUCGAAUAUUUCUUAAAAGUUUAAGUUUGCCUGGGAUUUUCCCGCCUGAGUUCGGGGACCUCACUCGUCUGCUAGAGAUAGACCUUUCUCGGAACUAUCUAAAUGGAACAAUACCUACGACCUUGUCUCGAACCCCACUUCAAAUCCUGUCUGUAACCGGAAACCGUCUCUCCGGACAAAUUCCUCCUCAACUUGGAAACGUUACUACACUUAUUAAUUUGAAUCUAGAAUCUAAUUCACUCUCAGGACGAAUUCCUCCAAGCCUAGGGAGCUUAACAAGUCUACAGACCUUGCUUCUCUCUGCAAACAACUUCACUGGUCAACUCCCUGAGUCCUUAAUCAACCUCAAGAACUUGACAAGCUUUCGGAUUGAUGGGAACUCCUUAUCUGGGAAGAUACCUGAUUUUAUUGGAAACUGGACUCAGCUUGAUAGGCUUGAUCUUCAAGGGUCAUCAAUGUCAGGUCCAAUUCCAGCUUCAUUCUCAAACUUGCGGAACUUGACUGAACUGAGGAUAACCGAUUUGAAUGGACCAGCCUUUGAUUUUCCAGACCUGGAAAAUCUGGCCAAUAUAGAACGACUGGUACUAAGAAACUGUUUGAUAAGGGGACGUAUCCCGGAUUACAUUGGUUCCAUGAGUAAGCUAAAGACACUAGAUUUAAGCUCAAACUUGUUAACUGGUCCAAUUCCAAAUACAUUUAGGAAUCUGGAUUACAACUUUAUGUAUCUGAGUAAUAACUCACUAUCAGGUCAAGUUCCUCAGUUCAUCCUAGACAGUAAAGACUCGCUGGACUUGUCUUACAACAACUUCACUCAGGCACCUUCUCGCAGCUGUAAUAUGCCUAAUAUUAACAUGGUCUCCAGCUACUCUUCAGAAACAGAUAACUCUGUUCAAUGGUGUUUGAGAAGGGAUCUUCCAUGUCCCAGAGAAGCCAAACAAUCUUCUCUAUUCAUCAACUGUGGAGGAGAAGCAGUGGAGGUUGGAAAAGACAGGUAUGAGGAAGAUUUGAACACCGAAGGAGAAUCAAUAUUCAUGCCUGUAGGUGAUAGAUGGGGAUACAGCAGUUCUGGAACUUGGUUAGGCGAUGACGGACUUCCCUAUCUAGCAAGCGACGACAGAUUCAACUUGUUAAAUGACUCGGUUCCACAGUAUUACAAAACAGCACGUCUGGCCCCACAAUCACUCAAGUACUAUGGACUAUGUUUGAGAAGUGAGAGUUACAAACUGCAGCUCCAUUUUGCAGAGAUAAUGUUCUCCGAUGAUCAGACUUUUAAUAGCUUAGGGAGACGGAUCUUCGACAUUUAUCUUCAAGGGAACUUGUUGGUGAAGGACUUUAACAUAGCAGAGAGAGCAGGUGGAGUUGGUAAGCCUUACACUAUGCAGAUUGAUAGAGUUCAAGUGAAUGGAAGCACGUUGGAGGUUCAUUUGCUGUGGUCUGGAAAAGGCACAAACAUAUUACCACGACGAGGAAUCUAUGGUCCUCUCAUCUCCGCUAUAACCAUUACACCAAAUUACAAGGUUGAUGACGGAAAGCCAUUAUCGAAUGGAGCUGUUGCGGGGAUUGUAGUUGCAGCAUGUGCGGUUCUCGCGUUGCUUGUUCUAUUAAUCCUUAGGCUUACAGGUUACUUGGGUCGAAAAAAAGAAGAGGAUGACAAUGAAGAGCUUAGGGGACUUGAUUUGCAGACAGGAUCAUUCACAUUGAAACAAAUCAAACGUGCUACUAAUAACUUUGAUCCAGAAAACAAGAUUGGUGAAGGAGGUUUUGGACCUGUUUAUAAGGGUGUACUUGGUGAUGGAACAACCAUAGCAGUGAAGCAGCUUUCAUCGAAAUCAAAGCAAGGGAACAGAGAGUUUGUGACUGAGAUUGGGAUGAUAUCCGCUUUACAACACCCUAAUCUUGUGAAGCUUUAUGGUUGUUGCAUUGAAGGGAAAGAGCUUUUGCUUGUGUAUGAGUACUUAGAGAACAACAGUCUCGCUCGAGCACUCUUUGGUUCAGAGAAACAGAGACUUCACUUGGAUUGGGCAACAAGGAACAAGAUAUGCAUAGGGAUUGCUAAAGGGUUAGCUUAUCUACACGAGGAGUCAAGGCUGAAGAUUGUUCACAGAGACAUAAAAGCGACCAAUGUGCUUCUUGAUCAGUCUCUAAACGCUAAGAUCUCUGACUUUGGUCUUGCUAAGCUCGACGAAGAAGAGAACACACAUAUCAGCACAAGGAUUGCAGGAACAAUAGGUUACAUGGCUCCAGAGUAUGCAAUGAGAGGCUACUUAACAGACAAAGCUGACGUCUACAGCUUCGGUGUUGUCUGUUUAGAGAUUGUAAGCGGGAAGAGCAACACGAACUACAGACCAAAGGAAGAGUUUGUUUACCUUCUUGAUUGGGCCUAUGUCUUGCAAGAACAAGGGAAUCUUCUAGAGCUUGUGGACAUGGAUCUCGGUACAAACUUCUCCAAGAAAGAAGCAAAGAGGAUGCUGAACAUCGCUCUGCUCUGCACAAACCCAUCUCCGACGUUAAGACCACCAAUGUCAUCUGUUGUGAGUAUGUUAGAAGGGAAAAGCAAAGUGGAACCACCUUUGGUGAAACGUGAGGCUGAUCCAACUGGUGCGGCUGCUAUGAGGUUUAGGGCCUUUGAGCUUUUGUCACAAGACAGCGAGUCACAGGCUUCUACCUUUGAGAGAGACAGAGAAAAGAAAAGCUCGUCCUCGAUUGAUGGUCCUUGGGUUGACUCUUCGUGCUCUGCGCCAGGCAAAGAUGUUGACAUGAAACGAGAAGAAGAAGAAGAAGAAGAAGAAAAACGUUCAUCAUCAUCGUCAAGGAAGCUUUUAGAUGAUCUUACAGAGGUGAAGGUUGAGUAAAGAAGUGUAUAUCUUCAGUCAAGAGCAAAGAUGUUACCUUGCAAACAAGAAGAAAGUUCAUUAUCUUUGUUCAUGGAACCUUUUGGAUGAAAGAAAAGCACUGUAUAGAUUCUUUUGGUAUUUUGUUUAAUCAAGAUUUCAAAAUUCACUUGCCACUAGAGAGACCUUUUUUUUGUUUUGUUAAUGCUAUUGUGUAAAUUCUCUUUUGGAUUACAGAGUUUGAUUUUAGUUUUA